AUGUCUCGUCUUACGAUUCUCUUUGUCAUCGCCGCGGCGUAUGAAGUGAUGGGAGGUGUGAGCAGAGACACGGCUGUAGCUGAUUCUAGUGCUGCUCCGAGUGGAUUAGUCAGCUAUGGGGCAAACAUUGGGGCACCAGCUGCUGGCAUUGUCGUACCUGGAGGACUCAGUGGCCUCAUAGGAUCUGGUAUUGGUAUUAUUAAUGGUGGCAGUACUGGAUCUCUUAAUAACGCAGCUGCUGCUGGAGCUGCACAACUUAGUGCUAUUCAAAACGCCCAAGCUGUUCAGGCUACUCAAAUAGCUAACGCUGCUGCAGCCGCCAUCCAAGGAGCCCGAGUUGCUGAAGCUCAAGCUAGAGCAGGUCAAGCUAACGCUAUUCAGAAUGCCCAGGCCUUGAAUGCUGCUCGUCUUGCUAACCUUCAAAGAGCACAAGCUGCUGCUUACGAGAAUGCCCGUGCAGUUGAAGCAGCGAGACGCGCUGCUGAAGCCGCAGCUGUUGAGGUCGCUCGCGCUGUUCAAGCAGAACGUGCCGCUAAUGCUGCUCGUGUACAGGCGGUAGCUAUUGCUAACACACGAGCUGUAGAGGCAGCCCGUAUUGCUAAUGCUGCGAGAGCUCAAGCUGCAGCUGUUGCAACUAGCGCAGCCCAGGCUCAGGCUGUUGCUGAUAGUGUCGCCAGAAACACUGGAGGAGGAUCACUCUUGGUAGGAGGUGCUGGUAAUGGUCUCGGUGGUGCAGCCUUAAUCGAUGGCGCCGAAGUAGCGGUCGCUAGCUAUGCUCCCGUUUCAUCAGGUGCCUUAUAUCUUAGCAGUCUCGGAGGAAACUAUGGAUUAAGUGGAAAGGGAUCGCAUUAA